CGUACAUAUCCUUGCGUAUUACGCACAGUUGUCUCUGGUUGGUGCUUCAGAACGGACGGAUAUAAUGUUUGACGUGAAGGACAAAGUAUUUUUGGUUACUGGCGCUGCUUCGGGGAUCGGCGCAGGUGUGGUCCGGGCCUUAUUGGACAGAGGAGCCAAGAAUGUAGCAGUGCUAGAUGUUAAUAUAAACGCAGGAGAAGCUUUAAUAAAGGAGUUGAACGCUAAGCACGGGGAGAAAAAAGCGAUAUUUAUUAAAUGCGACGUCGCGACCAAUGAUGUGGACACAGCCUUUGAUGAAACUUUUAAACAGUUUGGUUAUAUUGAUUGCGUUAUCAACAAUGCUGGACUAAUGAAUGACCAUCCCGAUAUAUACGAGAAACAGAUGUUGGUGAAUGUGUCAGGCUUAAUAAUAGGAUCGAUGAAAGCCUACAAUGCAAUGCGCAAGGACAAAGAUGGUCGAGGCGGCACGAUCAUCAACAUUUCGUCAAUAGUGGCGCUGAUACAAACUCCGCUUCUGCCGAUCUACAGUGCGACUAAGAGUGCAGUGUUACAGUUUAGCAACUGUCUAGGGAUGAAUGUCCAUUACUCACGCUCCGAUGUUCGUGUGAUUGCCGUUUGCUUCGGCAUAACUGAUACAAAUCUGAUCAAAGGGCGAAUCGGGUGCAUCGAUGAAGAAACUGAAGAAAGGAUGAUGAUUGCAAUAAAGAAAUUUCCUGCUCAAUGUAUAGACUCUGCUGUCACCGGACUUUUAGCAGCAUAUGAAAAAGGUGAUAGUGGUAGCACGUGGUUAGUUACAACCGAUAGACCAGCAGAAGAAAUCACAGAUAACGUAAAGAAAGCCUUCGACAUAUUGGGUCAAGGAGUAUUCACACAAUGAAGACGCAAAGUUGUUAAUUUUUAAUCCCUAAUUUCGACGAUUUAGUACGUACCUACACCUUUUAUAGCACUUAUAAAUAAUAUAAAUUUAAAGAUCUCGUCAAAUUUUAACCAACACAAUGUAAUAUUUAUUUUUAAAUAUGUAAUGAGAUUUAUUUUUGAGAAGUUAUUUAAAAACCUAUUUUUGAUUAUUGUUCUUAACAGUAUCAUUUUGAGCAAGUAUUAAAGUAAUUACAAUAAUUUGGAUGUUGUCAAAAUACGUAGGUAUAUCUCUUAGGUUAAUAAUGUUUAGUAUUUAUAAGGAUCGAUUGUGGAGUUUCAUCGAAUAUUUCCAAAGAUAUCCCUCAGGUCAGGUCAGAUAUAAAAUUUAUGGAUUAAUAUUUAUCAAAUUAUUUUAUUCACAAUGAUUUGUUUGAGGUUUAUUCAAUAUAAUAAUAGAAUUACCUAGUAUAAUAAGAUAAUUAUGUAUAUUUUUACUUAUUUUUUUGUAUAAUGAUGUUUUUGUUGUGGUGGCAUAAUUUAUACACUCUAUUAAACAAUACUUUUA